AUGACGUCGAAACAAGCAGAUGUUCAAACCUUCAACUCUGGAGGGACCAAGAUCGUGUUGUAUCCAUGCUUGAUCCUGACGACUCCAGCAUAUACGCGCCUAAGUUCUUCGGCUGCCCGGGUCGGUACACUGUCCAGAGGGGAUGUGAGGGAUGACACUCGCUCUCCAGGUUGGAAGGCCGAACGAUCUAGCCCGACCCGUUUGACGCCAAACCAAACAAUCUGUGUGGGCGAAAUUGAACAAAUCACCCGACGCUUGAAAGUCAUGAGCACACAUCCGAGAGACAAGAGUCCCGACUCUCGUUACCGUGGCUCGGUGGCGUUCUUGGCAUCUUGCCAAGCCUGCAAGGACGCCUUUGAUGCCCCGGGGAGUAGAGCUUAUGCCCCGCGGAGCCCCGCGGCCCCUGUCCACCCCUCCAAAAUGGUACUGGCUCCGCGUAUGGUACAGAGCAAAGACUAA